AUGGAGCACCACCAACCACAGGUCCUAUCGUCUCGCCUAUUUCACCUCCGUCCCUGGCGUGAUUUUGAUGUGCGAAGGGAAGUGGCAAGGGAAGUGGCAGGUGGCAAUGACGCUGAAAUCCAGCGAAACUGGAAGCCGGAGCCCAUUGAGUUUGAUCAAAUGUACUUUGGCCCCGGCGACCGGGCAGCCUUUGGACUACCAGAUGGUGGCAACGAGGACAUCAGCCUGACAGAGUUGACUCUGGGAUCCUACCGCUACUUCCGCGCGCACGACGGCUUUGUGGCGCUCAACCUGACGAAGGGCAUCACAGAGACCCUACAGAAGACGGUGCACAACCGCAACGUGCCACGCCUCAGUCGUUACCGAGACGCGGAAGUGGUGAACAACCGCGAGCCUUUCAGUAGCGAGAUCGAACCCACAGUUCCACCUGGAUUUAUGGAAAACUAUCGCAUCGCCCCCGUCUUUCUGGAGUGGGCGCCGUGCACGACACGCUAUCGGAUCAGUGCGGGCUGCUUGAACCAGAAUCAAGUGGUCGGCUGGGCUGUUGCCACCUCCAGAUCUCUGUGCACCAACCUGCGCAUGGUGAGUUGCAGAGAGCAGGACCCUCUCUUGGACCCACUGUACCAUUGCACCGACGCUCCAGUCCGGGGCCAAGUCUUCAAAGGCAGCAUCCAGGGCCUCUGCGGACGAACGGUGCCACCGCCGACCUCAGAGGUCAUCGAUGAACUCUCAGCCCUCCUGUUGUUGGAUGGAUGGCCCGAGAAUCGCCUGCCCAACGUGACGCACGGAUGGUACGACGUUUGGCCCGAGGAAUGUAUCAACAACACGGAGAAGUGCGAGUCCCAAUGGAACAGCAUCGAGAUGCUGGGCCUGAUCUGCGUGGGUCUCACGAUCCUCUUGGCCCUGUUGCCGUGGAUCCUGGACUGCCGCACCGAUGCGAAGAUUCGCACCGCCAUGGCCUUCCAGGACGACGGACUCGGUCGGAGAUCGGGUCCCGGGGAGUUUGGAGGAAGAGAUCAAGACCAGGAGCAAGAAGGGUGCGGGUUCUUCACCGCCUCCGCCUGUUGCGGGGAGACCUCUGAGACCG